AUGGAAAAGAAGAGUCUGAGAAUUGGAUUCGUUGGAGCUGGUGCAAUUCACUUUGGCCGAGGAACAUUGCCUUGGGCCCAUGCUACAAGGCUGGAAAAGAUGGGCCAGAUAAACGUGCUUGCUAUUGUUGAUCCAGAUACAAAGCUAUCAGAUAGUAUUUUAAAGGCUAAACUGUCAUCAGACCAAACUAAACAGUUCUACCAAGACUGUAAACUUUUUACACACUUCAAAGAUUUGAUUGCCCUUAAGCCGGAUGCAGUGUUCAUAGGAAUUCCUCCAGUAUAUCGUGGUUCAUUAGAAAAUGGUCAUGACAUAGAGCUACAAUUUGUUAGAGCUGGAAUUCAUGUAUUUGUAGAAAAGCCUCUUUCAGUUGUUCCACCAGAGAAAUUUGAUCAGUACAAGGAGGAAAUACAGAGAGCCAGUAAUGAGAAUAAUGUGAUUGUGUCUGUUGGUUACAUGUUUAGAUACCAUGACGCAAUUAUUAAAAUGAAGGAACUUAUUAAAGAACAUGGAAAGAAAGUCAUGGCCUUCAAUGCCAGAUAUUACUACGCAUACUCAGAUGGCGUCAAUAAAUACUGGUACAACCAAAAUCUGAGCGGUGGACCAAUAGUUGAACAAGCUACCCAUCUGUGUGAUUUAGGAAGAUAUAUUGUUGGAGAUAUCAACUUAGACACGGUCCAUACCAUUAUGCUCAGAGAUAACGACCCAUCUGGCGCCGGAUGUUUAUCCCAUUUGCCACAUGACGGUGAGGAAGAUAUUCCUCCUGGUCAAAAACUCCCCAGGGUAACGCUUAGUCAUUGGCGAUUCCAAGACGGCGCUGUUGGAACGCUGAUGCAUUCUAUAGCCAUACCCGGAAGUAGAUACGAAGCAACAGUUGAGGUUCAAUUAGACGGAAUGGAAUUGUCACUAAUUCGACCGUACGAAGACGAGUGUAUUUUACGUGUACGAGAUAUUAAAUCAGGAGAUCCUGAUAAAGAUGUGGAUUACACAUUCAGGGGCAACGAUUCUUACUAUAAUGAACUUUGUACCUUCGUCAAAGCGGUGAAAUCUGGAGAUAAGUCUUGCAUUAAAAGCUCAUAUGAAGAUGCAUCCAAAACUUAUUUGUUUACAUGGAAAAUAAGAAGAAUGGGCGAACAGAACAAUUAGCACUUUAACGAAUGCGGGACGUGGUCUGCAAACAUUUUGAGAAAUCAAAUAAAUAUUUAGACAUAUGUAUAAGUCGACGAUUGAUAUUUUUUUAAACUUUCACAUCGUGUUGCAUAAAACGGCAUAAAGUUAUAGAUUGCUUUUUUUGUUAAUCAUAAGGCUCACAAUAAUGAAUUAGGCAAAGUUUAGGGCUAUUUUACUUGAAAUACAUGUAGGUUAGAUAUGAUAAUGUAGCCAUGUGUUAGCUGUUCUCUAAUCGCGAGAGUAGUAAACACAUGGUGUGGUUAUUGUAUCUAGGAUAAUGACUAUGUAGGUUCAUAAUGCAAUGAAUGAAGAUAAACAUUGUUUAAUUAUUUUAUAAUGGACAUGUGUUUUUUAUAAGAUGAAUCCACAUUUCUGUUUUCUAUUUGUCCAUUCUUCCAACUGUACCUACUCUACGAAACCAAUCGCAUAAGGAAAAAUUGCUUACACCAGGAGAUGGCUUGUACAUAAUGUAAUCAUCUAAACAACAAAUCACGAAUCGCUGACUUCUUUUUUUUGUGUACAAUGAUGGUAGACCAGGUCCUAAGCGGUUAGUUAUCAAAUGAUGUAUUUUUACUGAAUGUGUUUGCACAGUGUAAUGUGUUACAAUAUAUAUACAAUAUAUUCAAGAAAAUGUAACGAAAAGGUAUAACGUUGUAUUUAAUAUUUUAUACUUUUUUUAAAUAAACGUGUAAUAAAAAGUU